CCGCAUCCUCAAACCUCAUUUCGCUGUGAAGUGACAAUGCCAAGCCCGCUAUCAACGAAGGAACCAAGAAAACCAGAGCUUACCCUACCCGCCUGAAGAAUUGAUAGCCUCCAGAGAGUCUCUUAUCCAGACUUGUGAGGCAACAUGAUGCAGUAGAUAAAGCAAAGAUCAGAGAGAGGAAGGCUACCGUGCGCAAACCUACAACAAACAGCGACAACUACAAACCCACCAUAUACAACAAGAUCAUCCCAUCACAACCUCAAAAAAAGAGACAACCAUCACCACACUCAGUAACUUUUUAUUGCUAAAAAUAAAAUGGCAGGCCUGGGACGUCGCACGCACUACCGCAAGCAUUUGACGGAUUCGAUCAUUUAUGAUUUUCCGGAACCCGGCGAGAACGAACGGAUUGCCAAGGUGGUGGCCACACGAGGCAGCAAUCAGUUUGAUAUUGUUUUAUCCUCCUCUGAUGAUCAUCAACCAUCCACGGAACAACGAGAGUCUCAUUUGGCCAUUCUACCCACCAAAUUCAACAAACUGGUCUGGGUCAAGCGCAACGAUUUUGUCAUUGUCGAGACCGGUGUGGAGAAUGAUGAACCGAAAAAUGAUGCCGACACGGGCAGCAUUCGCUACAUUAUUUCUCAUAUUCUCUACAAAGAUCAAGUCAAACAUCUUCAGACGAAGGGCUUGUGGCCGUCCAAGGAUGCUGAGUUUGCGACGGAUAAGAUUGGACUAGAGGAUACGGCUGGCCAGGAUGGUCAAGACAACAACAACACAAACAACACUGAUGAGGCCAAUCCACCCAAAGACGAUGGUAUUGUCUAUGAUACGGGGUAUGAAGAUGACGAUGAAUAUUUGGUGAAUACCAAUCGAUUGGCUGCACUCAAAGUAGACGAUUCUUCCGACAGCGAAUCCGGUGACGAAGAGUAAAUCGCUCGGUUGGUUAUCUAUCUUCUGGCGUUUUGCAAGGGAGCGAUUGUGCCGUGGAAUUCCGAAUACUCGGUGCCUGGUGUUUUUCAACGGUGGAUCAACCAGAGCUGACACGACAAAGCAACAACACAGCCGUAAAGUUUUAGGGAGAAAGAUUGGUCAUCAACACAACAAUCCAAUGGCAAUCUGUGUUUUUAAGUAACGAUUAUAUGGACUCCGAAUCAUCACUCAGCAACAUUCGUGUCGUCAUGACACUUUUUAUCUCUGAUCCA